AUUUCCAAACGUCAUUAAUAGUCGUUGUCCGUUCUGUUUUGCCGGUAAUUUUGUGUUCACUUUUGACAUGAAAUGUCUUUGUACUCGGUUUCGGUUUUGAGAUAGUGCCGUAUUAACAUGAAUUUCGCAUUAGCCACGAGGUAUGUGUAAACAAGUGUAAAUGUCAUGACUUUACAAGGUGUCAAGCGUAAAGUUGUCAGUGUGGGCGACUUCCGCUUUACGGGACGCCUGCUAGGAAAGGGAAACUUCGCCAGAGUUGAGGAGGCAGUCCACAACAUUCUCAACGUCAAGGUCGCAGUGAAGAUAAUUGAUAUUAAGGAUAUCAAAGAGAAAUAUGUCGUAAAAAACUUACACAGAGAAGCCCGGAUUUUGUCGACAUUGAAUCAUCCCUGUAUAGCAUCUCUUUUUCAAACCAUACAGAUGGAUGAUAACGUGUACUAUCUGAUAACUGAACUUGUUUCGGGAGGUGAUCUUUGUUCCUUUAUUAUUGGACAACGGUAUGGAAAAUUGGAAGAACGAUCUGCUAGAACUUUUGCAAGACAAUUUGCUUCAGCAUUAGCUCAUAUGCACAGUUUUGGAAUCGUUCACAGAGACCUAAAAAUGGAGAACGUAAUACUAAACGCUACUCAGACUCAAAUAAAAAUAGUUGAUUUUGGACUAAGCAAUGUGUGGUCAAGCAGCAAUCCUCUCAGGACACAUUGUGGUUCCCCAGAAUACGCAGCCCCAGAACUUUUCGUAGCUGGAAGAGAAUAUGGACCAGAAGUAGAUCUUUGGAGCCUAGGUAUAAUUUUUUAUGGAAUGAUGGUAGGACAACUUCCAUUUGUGGGUGGUAGGAAAAACCAAUUAUCAUCUCAGGAACGUAGAAAAAAACUUGUAACACAAAUUAACCGAGGAUUAGGAUCAACACAACGACAAGCUUUGGCUCCGCUAUCUCCAGAAUUUCGAAUGUUAUUGCACAAAUUGCUCACAGCAGAUCCAACAAAAAGAAUAACAAUUAAAGAACUUCUUAUACAUCCAUGGCUCACUGAAAAGGGAAAAAAGUGUAUUCAAAAGCAUCCACUUAAGGACUUGGAUAAUGUUGUGCAAACAAAAAUAAUAAAACAAGUUGGUGAAAUAUUUCACACAGAUGAGUGGACAGUAAACUCAGAGUUACUAAAACAUCCUUAUGGUAGAUUAGCUGGAGUUUACAACAUACUUAAAUUCAAGCAUAUAUCUGACCAAUUUCAUCUUGAACAAAUUUCACCAAAUAUUCUACGUAAUAAAAGAAUCAAAUCUGCGGUUGCAACUGCUCCUAAACCAAAAUCUGCAUCCGUUGUAAAAUCACAGCAUACCCUUUACAAUCAGUGUAUAGUUUUAUUAAAUAAAGUCUCAAAACAAGAAAUCGAAAACAGAGCGAAAAGUGCAAACCCGGCUCUGCUUCUUUCAAAAAAUGUUACCAAAUUAUCAAGAACAAGAAUUGAUCAUCUGCAAACAACGAAGAAUCAAACAAACCAAACUUAUUCGAAAACUAAUUCUGUAGUUGCAAAUAGGAAAAUUCAAAAUUCUACACAAUUGGCAGUUAGAAAAUUACCUUCGAGAAUACAAAUUACUGAUAACAGUCCAACUUCAAACGUAAGACGUCCAUGCACGACAGGAACAACUCAGUAUGCGAGAUCUGUUAGAAAGAGCUGUGCAUCAGCAGGAACAGCGAUGACGGAAAGAGUAAACAACCGAGACUUUCAACGGCGCCAAGUAUGUGUGAAUCCAGCAGGAAUGGGGGACUGUCCAAAGAGCAGACCUUCCAGCACUGUUCUUCGAAAGUUGAAAUCAAAAGACCCAUUAGCCAAUGAACCUAUAGCAAGAUCUAUUGCUGGGUAUUUAAUAAAAAAUGUUCCGGAAUAUAUGUUCACUGUAAGCACGUAAAUACUGGCACAUGAGCGGAUGCGGAAAUAGUAAUGGCCGAAGACUCAUUUCUUUCGUGUCGUAUUUGCAUCUAAGUGUAGGC